AUGUGAAAUAAUGUUAAGAGAGAACGUGAGGCCAUCUUGUCCAACUCCUGAAAAUCUCCGGAGGUACAAUUUUUCGAUGCUGGACCAGAUUUUCCCGCCAUUGGCUAAUCCAUUCGUCCUCUAUUAUCCAAACACAACCCAAAAAAUCAACGAUCCAGAUUCAUUGAGGCGAUCAUUGUCCGUUAUUUUGAGCCGCUUCUACCCUUUGGCUGGGAGAGCCAGCGUUGAGGGUGAAUUCAUCGACUGCAACGACGCCGGCGUUCCCUUCACCAUCGCCAGAUUCAGAGGCCACAAUCUGUCGGAGCUUCUCACGAAUCCGCGGCCCGAUCUUCUGCUGCCGUGCGAUACCGAUUGGGGAGCUAAGCCCGGCCCUGACUCUGCCGUCAUGAUGAUACAAGUCAGCUAUUUCGACUGCGGUGGCUUUACGAUAGGUGGCAUUUUGUGGCACAAGUUGUGUGAUGGGGUCACCAUGUUUUCCGUUGUUCGGUCGUGGGCCACGGCGGCGCGUGGGGGUAAGGAGGCGGUUUUUCCCAACUACAUCGCGCAGUAUAUGUUUCCUCAGAAAGAGCAAAUGCCGGCGCAGCUUGGUUCUCACUAUGAUAUCGCAAAGAUUGGGAAAUCAAUCGUAAGAAGAUACGUAUUUAACAAAUGGGCAAUAUCAUCACUAAAAUCAAAAGUAUCCGAUGUUGAGCGGCCUUCGCGUGUUGAAGUUGUGGUAGCGCUAAUUUGGAAGUGCUUCAUAUCUGCGUCUUUUGCAAAUGGAAAAUCUACUUCAUGUCUCACACAAACAUUGGACCUCCGCCGACGAGCCCAACCACCGUUCCCUCAAGAAUGCUUCGGCAAUUUCCUAGCACUGGCGCCCGCGAUGAGCAACAACGAUGGAAAUGUCGAGUUGGGAGCACUAAUCACGAAAAUGAGGGGCUCCAUAAACAAGAUCGAUGGCGAGUACAUCGACAGGAUGCGUGGUGAUGGAGGACUGAUGGGCUAUUACCAGAAUCUCCGACAACAAUGGGCUGAAUAUUGUGACGAAUUCGACAUUUUUCCCAUCUCAAGUUUAUGUGGUCUGAAUAUUUACGAUAUUGAUUUCGGAUGGGGUAAGCCAGUGUGGUGUAGUAAAUGCGAUGCUAGCAAUGAUUCAGAGAUUGGAUCAGUUUGGAAUAGGGUUUGGUUGUUGGACACUCAAAAUGGUGAUGGAAUUGAAGUGUGGGUGAUUCUUGAAGAUAUAUAUAUGUCAGUGUUCCAUCAAGUCCAAGAGUUGAGAGCUCUUGCUUUAGUUGAUCCUACUCCCACUUCACAUCUUAGAUCACGAUUUUAAGAAUUAUUGUGUUCUUUUACCGAUUUCAACCCAAAGUUCCACUUCUUGUUUUGUAACAUUUGCGUUGAAGUUUAGUAUGAUGAGAUUGAAUUAUGUAUUUCUUAAUUCUUAUUGUAUAGUGUUACGCAUACUGACGAAUACAUUGCACUUGUAUGUUGCAAUUUCCA